ACCAGACUGCAGACCCUGCAGAACAACAUGCACCCAGGUGCUCCUAAAGUGGGGAUGAUUACAGUCUUUUUCAAUGUGAUCCGCACAGAGAAGCUGCUUGGCCUGUGGAAGGGGGUUUCACCGUCAUUCAUGCGCUGUAUCCCUGGUGUAGGAAUCUACUUCAGCACAUUUUACUCGCUGAAGCAGCACUUCUUCCAGGAUAGGUCUCCGAGUGCUGGGGAGGCGGUGUUGCUAGGGGCGGGGGCUCGUUGUGUGGCAGGAGUGGCCAUGCUGCCCAUCACAGUCAUUAAGACUCGUUUUGAGAGCGGGCGGUACAAUUACAUAAGCGUAGCUGGAGCCCUUAAAAGUGUGUGUCAGAAUGAAGGUCCGAGGGCUCUUUACUCCGGGCUCACAGCGACUCUGCUCAGAGACGCCCCAUUCUCUGGCAUCUAUGUCAUGUUCUACAGCCAGGCCAAAAAGGCUUUGCCACAGGAGAUCAGCUCGUCCUCCUUUGUCCCACUGGUUAAUUUUGGCUGUGGUGUAGUGGCUGGUAUUUUGGCCUCUCUAGCAACUCAGCCAGCAGACGUGAUCAAAACCCACAUGCAAGUGAGCCCAGUGUUGUAUCCCAAGACCAGCGACGCUGUACGCCAUGUUUAUGCAGUAAGCAUCACAGGAUAA